UUUUCAGCUUGUAAGUCGGCGAACGCCAUUUUGACAGAACUCUUAAAAAUAUUCUAAAUUGUUAAAUUUAUAGAAAAAUCCGCGUACAUCUAAUCUAUAUCGCGAGUGAACGCGUAUUUAUCUUCUUAUUUGUUGUUGACCCAUCUGGACGGACCAAGAAUUAGGGUUCGUUCUUGGGUUGUUGCCUAUCUAAAUGGUUGCGUGCGGACAGCAUGUCUACAUUGUCAGGAACUGCCUCCAAAGGAGAGAAAUCGAAGCAGAAAUUUCAGUCGCUGGAUAUAAAUAGUUUAUAUAAAAGUAGCAGGGGUGAAAAUACUGAGAAGCCAGCACAAAAGAGUUCAGCGAGCUACAUUAAACAUGGCAUGCAAAGUUUGGGAAAAGUACCUAAUGCGAGAAGGGCACCUGCUAAUUUACCCUCUAUAAAAUCAGAACAUAGCGAGUCAGGUGCAGCAGUUCCAUUAGUGCCACCAGGGGCUACAGGAUGGGGGAAACAAGAACAAGGUGGUACACAACAACCACCUCCAAAUGUUCAGCAGAAUGGAGCUCCACAGAAUCACGUUGUAGCGCCACAAGUACCGGGACCACAGUUAACACCGCACCAGCAGGCCAUUGCAAUACCUUCAACCAAUGCUAUUCCACCACACAACAAACAGUCUACGGUCACUGCUCCACCUGCCGGAUCGUCCGCCGGGGACAAACUGUGGAGCGCGGUGAUGGCAAGCGGACCGGCCGACGGGGUCCAUCCUCCGGCGUACCAGAGCCCCCAGUUUCAGCACGAGUUUCCGACCUUGUCCGCUGGCGAUGGUGUAGGCGGCUCAGGACCGCGGGCGGCGCCCGAAUACGCGCCAACAGGGCCCGCUGGCGGCCAGCCCGGCUUAAGCCUCCGCCCGCAGACCGAAGGUUCAUGGACACAAGGCGGGCAACGCCCUCCGGACGGUGCAGCCAGGCCCAGCUCGGCUAUCCCGGCAACUGCACCACAGCUUCCGGUCCAGGCCGGCCGUCAACCUGAACAUCUCCCACCGCAGGUGCGCGGCGUUCUACCGCCUUUUAUGUACAAAAGUAGUUUUCCCCAAGGAAGUGCGACGACGGUAACUUCAAAUCAUCCCCACGCUCAGGCGCCUGCCCCUGGUAUGGGCGGCAGACGCAUGGCGGACAAUCGUCCGCCACGUCUUCAAGACCGCGAUGUGGCUCCCGAAGAGUUGACACCGCGCCCAAUAAUUCGCGAAGAGGAACUCAGCAAAUUGGAUGAGUUUGGUCCUGAUAUGGGUUGGGCAGUUUCUGAUGACAUCGACUACAAUCAGAAAUUAGCCUUUAGCGAUGACGAAAGCGAGCGACCAUCCAAGAAAGACUACAAGACGCCUCAGCAACAAUACCAGCAACACAAACCCCAAGAGGUUAGAGUUGAACGUCAGACCCCACCCCGUCAUUGGAAUCCGCCAAGGCCUGACUAUAGAGGCAGGCAGUCGGAAGAAGACGAUAUAAUUGCACAAAAGCAACGACAGCACCAGAAAGAGGUAGAUUUGAUUAUUCAGAGAGCUACCCACAGGAAACAGGAAGAGUUGAAAAGGAACGAGGAAAACAGACAACGGAAACUUCAAGAAAUUGGAGAAAAAGUACGUGGAAAACAUGACCGAGAAUCCGAUGUCGCCCCUAUCAGUUCGACGAAUGCUACUGCUAAGCCCGCUAAUCAUGUCGAGAUCCCUUUACCAGAUUUUCACAAAGAUAAAGACAAAGAAAGUCAACCACGUCUUUCAAACGAAGCGGUUGUUAAAGAUGAUAACUCGUCAUUUAGACAAAUGACCCAGAUAGAAGGAAAGAAUUUUGCAAGAAAACCGCAGCAAAAACCCGAUAGAGAUCACCGUGACCAAAACGUACCAAACUUUUCUCGUCAUUUCCAAAGCGAUUUACCCCCCAGAUUUUUAAGGCAUCAGAGAAAUAACGGUGCCUCACAACCAAAUUAUCAACAUUAUGAUUCAAACAAAUGGUCUUCAAGUAUGCCUAGAGCUCCUAGUCGAAGCGGAAAAUCUGAAAGUCCAGAGAGGCGUGAUGAUGAUAGAAGAGAUAAAGAUUACAAAAGGCAAAGUUCUGAGGAUAGCUACAGAAGCUCUCAUCACGCUCAGCAAGAUAUGCGUAGGUCCCAAGAUAAUCACGGUUACGAGGAUAAUCAUAAUAAAAUUGGACGCGAGGAAGGGAAAUGGUCUAAAGAUAAAGGUUUCGAAAGGAAGGAUAUUGAACGCGAGAAUCAUGAUAAAUUUGAGGAAAAACAAGAAAGGCCAGCGAGACCAGAUAGUCGAGAUUCUUACACUUCACACGCCUCUCAUACUUCGCAUGGUUCACAAGGCAGCAAUCGCAGAUCUCGGGAUGGUGAUAUUAGGGAAUCGAUGAGUUCGUGGAAUGAAGACGUAGAAGCGCAUUAUACAGAAAAACGAGAGAAAGAACAAAUAAGAGAAGAGAAAAGACAAGUGUCUAACCUUGUUCCUGGUCCAAUAACCCGUGAUCGCAUUGAAGCCGAAGACGUAAAUGAAAAACGAAAUUUGACUCAGUUAAAGAAGGGUGAAAUGCCUAUUCCUAAAAAAAUUGACUCGUUUAAGAAGGAAGAAGUCCCGCCAACCAGUGAAAAGCUAUCAUGGGCGGAUUAUGUCCCUACUGAAGAGCCAGAAAACAAAAAAGAUGAUACCAAGCUAAUUGCCGAUACAAAAAAAGAUGACUAUAAAGAAAGACAGAAUAGAAACAAUAGAAAUUUUUCGCAGAGUAAAAGUUGGGGUUCUGGAAAUUCAGAUUUCCACACAAAAGGACCGUCCUCAUCAUCGUGGGGUAAGCAACGGCCACCUUCUAGAAGUCAUAAACACGGCGGUAGAGAUUUUUACGGACACGGUACUGAUAGUGAUGGGUCUACUGACACCCAUUCAAUUGAUUCCAAAGAUUCCAAAGCGUUGCAAAAGAAAGUAACGGAAAAGGACGAAAAGAACCGAGAUAACAAACACGAAAAGUUUUCGGGAGAACACAGGAAGCAACACGAAAAAACUGACAAGAAAGAAGGAUAUAUUCCUCGCGGAGAACCUUCAAGGCAUGGGCGAGGCGGUGGAAGUAACUUUAGAGGAAAUAGAAUGGGUGGUUUAGCUAAAAGGAUUGAUGGUUAUGGACCGCCUCCUUCAAGAAGUCCGUUUGGUCAUCACGAAGAACGAGACAAGAAAGUCGGUUCUGAUGAAACUUCGUCUGAUGCUACCGGCUCGGCACCUACAUUAGAUAAAGUUAAACAAAACCAAGAAGCUCUUGCUGCCGGUAUCAUCGGCAAGUCGCGUCAAGAAACUAACGAAGAUAAAAACAAAAAUAGACCCAAAUACGAGAAUAAACGGAACAAGUCUAAGAGCAGAAAAGAUGAACUGGAAAAAGAUAGUAACUCGGAACAUUCUGAUAGUAAGGAUGGAGGAAGAAAACCUGUAAGCAGGUCAUCUUCCCAAAAAGGAGGUCCUGGUGGAGUUGGUGACAGGCGAGUUGGUGGUGAUAGACGUAAUAAUUCCUCUAGACCUCUCGUCGAUAAGAGACCAAGUUACGAAAACAAGAAACCCGAUGCUAAGCCUGAUCCGCAAACUAUGUUAACCAGUGCUAUUGCUGACAUUUCCUUAAAAGGUUCCGAGGAUGACGAUAAGGAGGAAAAGAAUGUAAACGGAGAUUCAGAAGGAUUUCAAGAAGUGAAAAGUAAAAAGGCGAUAAAGGAACGGCAAAAGGGCCCGGAAGAAAAGAAACCGGCUCCAAAUAAAGUCGAGAAUAAAGAUGUAAAGCCAGACCGGAAACCAGGUGGUAUAACCUCUAAACCAAAUAAUCAGCAAAUGACACAACAGCAAAUUCAGAACAUCCCUCCCCUUAUGGCUACUCCAGUAAAUCCACCACCAGUGCUUCCUCAAUCUAAAAAUCAGUACGACCAAAGAUCGCGACAGAAUAAAUUGCCGCCCAGAUUUGUGAAGCAAAAAAUGCAGAAACAAAUGCAACAACACAUUAUGAAUGACGUUGGAGACAUGGGCAAAAAUUCGCAGAGCGCCCAUAUGUAUGGCAUAAAAGAAAACGCACAGGUAUCACCGACAAUGUCAGGAUGUGCGUGGGAUAAACCAUUAGGUUCCCAGCUGAGAUCGACAGAAAGUGAUGCAAAUAAUAUGUUAACAGUAUCUUUGGAGGCGGUGAAACUGGAAGUAUCGUCCGCUACUUCUGGAAGCGAUAAGAUUUUGCCUAAACAGUCGCAAAUGGCUGACAAAAACCUAUUGGACGGUAGUACUCCGCCAGUAAACACGAUCAUAUUCGAGAAUACCAACUUUAAAUCCGCACCCGGCGCUCGCAGUACCGCUCGUAGUUCUGUGUCUUCAGUGGGAAGCGACAAAACCAGAUCAAAAUUAAGCGAGGACAUCGAUAAUGGCGUUUUCAGAAAAUCCACCAUUAACGAACUACUACAUAAAGCUGAAACAACUGGAAAAACUGAACCUAUCCAGCUGACAGUUUUCAAGGAAGAGACUGAUAUGAAGCUGGACUUUUUCGGCACGGACUUGACCCAUUUGACUGAUGACAAGGGUACUAAAAAUUUAUGCGGUACCAAAAGUAUGACUUCUGUAAACAGCACAAUAUGCAACGCGGACUCCUUAAAUAUGAAAAUUGCUUCGGUUAAGAAAGUUUGGGAAACUUCGGAGCAAGAAUCUGAAGAUACGAGCGGCAUUACGUUUGGAGGGCCUGUUAUCGAAACAGUAUUUAAGGGGAGUGAUGGCCAAGAUGAUAAUCAUGAAACGUACAGUCCAGGAAACAACCAGUCGGCUUCUACAACAAAUGUAUGCAAGGUUAAACCAACUCAGCAAAUCUCUAGUGGAGCAGGCCAAGUGGCUUCCUCCACUUCUCAACAGCAACAUUCGGCUAUUGUUGGUCAUCCGAUUCUAUUAAACCCUCCUUUAUCUCCACCCCCGAUGGCCUCGGCGCCCGUUGGUGUUUCUCUAGGACCUCAGCCUUACGCCACCAACCAACACCUCGCUAGUUAUCAGGCAGCUACCGGUCAAGGCGUGGCCGCCGCAGGUUCGGCCCAGUUUAGUAUAUCGGCCGUUCCAUCGCCUCCGACAGUUUUGUAUAACUCGACGCAGCAAUUGCCAUCGGCGAAUUUAUACGGGGCGUUUAUGCAACCCACCGAUCAAACGAGUCUACUGGGUGGACAAGGUCAUGCCAGAGCGGGUGGUUUCGGUCAAUAUCCUACUGUAGGAGCAUACCAUGGCAUUGGUCAAGCAGCGAACUCUCAUUAUAAUACACAGUCGGUUUACCUGCAAACUGCCGCACACGCACCGCCGACGGCUCAAGCACCACCAGAAUUAUAUCCCUCGAUGAACAGUUUGAGCAGCUAUCGUAUGUCAGCUGCCCCGCCUUUCGGACAAAAUCCCCCUCUCAACAACCCCACAACUGUGCUAAUUAGUUCUACAAGCAACAGCUUAAUGUCGGCAAGCGUCAAACCCAGUAGUCAUCAAAUUGGUGCAAUUGGAACUAAAGCGGGCGGUGUUGGUCAGGCUUACCAACAAUCGCAGCAAAGCCAACAGGUUUAUAUGACUUACGAUCCGUCGAUACAGGCAGCCAACUAUCUUCCUGGGGCCGGGGUGAUGCAACGAGGACCAGCGGGACCUCCAGUUCAGAACAGUGUUGUACCUGGCCUGCAACCUUCAUCAUCCUACUAUUCAGGAUCGACAGGAGGUCAGAGUGGCUAUUUUCAGCAACCUGGUAAUUCAUCAAUGCCUUCUGCAGCACAACUACCACAGCAUCAAGCUGGGUACGGUCUCCAAGGCAACGUAUUUGGAACUCAUAAUCAAUCUCACACUAACACAGCAAUGCAGGGCUAUUCAAGUUUUUUGUCUCCCCAUAUGCAAAUGGCUCUCAGCGCUCAGCAGUUUCGCUCCGCGGCUGCAGCCGGAUUAACUAAUCCUUACCAUAAGGGCAACAUGCAAUCUGUUAGUGAUCAAGGUCAAAGACCACAGCAAUUAAAAAGUCCCGGCAGUCAAGAAACGUCGAUUUUUAAUCCUGCUCCGCAAAUACCUUCUCCUAAAUCACGACAGAGUAACAAACAUAUACCACAACAGUCUAGCCCGACUUCUCAAAGGAAAUACUUCUAUCAAGGAGUUACAAAUCAGCAAUCUACAAUUCAACAAAGAUACCCAACCCCUAUUCAAAGACCAAUUAAUUGUCAUCAACAAAAUAUGAAUUCAGUUCAGAACAACGGAUCAAAUAUUUCAAAACAUAAUAGGAACAAUCCCAAUAAACCACCAAAUAAACAAUAUUAUGGUGGUCAGAAUAAUCCAGUUUCUACAGGCCAAAACGACAAAUCGGACGAUUCCAAAAUAUCUGACUGUUCUGCUACUAAAACCGUCAGCGCCACAGCUUCGGACCUCUCCAAGGACAAUUUGAAAGAGGAAACCCAAGUUUUAAAAGAUUAGAGACGUUUUUUAUUUUUAAGUAUAAAAUGAUUUUAUUUCGUGUAAAUUAGUAGCAGUUAUUAAAAAAAUAAUACGUUUAUUCGCGUUUACCGAGAAAAGAAAAGGUGUAUUCGUAUUAUGACAAGAGAAAAGUGUAUUUAAUAUAAAUUAUUUAUUAAUGUGUAACGACUUUUAGUCGGUCCGUGCCACACGGCACCACUUCUAUAAACUGUACUAACUCAAGCUUUGUGUAUGUGAAAUAAUAACAGUGGUUGUAAGCAAGAAGAAAAAACGUAAGAAACGCAGACCGCUGUAAAGGGUCAAGGAAAAAAAAAUAUUUAUUGCUCGUUGAUGGUCAUAUCAGUUGACUAAAUUUCUCACGGGGGCGGUAGUUAGAGCUAGCGCUGUAGCUUUGCUUUAUUUUUUAUCUCAUUUUUUUUCCUAUAGGGUAGGCCAAAUAGUUCGCAACAAAUGGGAUAUUUUCUAUUAUUGAGCUAUUGAAAAGAAGUUUGUAGGAACUUCGGGCUGUCAAAAUUUAUUGGUUAUACUGAAGAAAUUCUGUAUAAUUUAAAAAAAAAUUGUCCCAUUUGUUGCAAACUUUUUGGCGGACCCUGUAGAUGGUAACGAUAAUAUUUCUAGCAUAAUUUUAUACGGUGUGUUGGAAGAGCUGUAAAAUUUCGAUUUUGAGAGAAAGUAAUAUAAUUAACUUGUGAAUGAAAUGAAAUUAACUUUAAAAAGGUUUCUGAAAGAUUUUUGUUACAAGUUUACUGUUCUCUAAAGUCAGAAAUGUCCUUUCUCUGUAUUUAUUAAAUUCAUCUCUUUACCAACACUGGUGUGCGAGCGCGAGAGAUACGAGUGAAGGUGUGUGUAUUGCCUAUAUGAAGAAAAUCUUAUAUGUAUAUAUUAAAUCUUUUCAUAUAGACAACUAUAUACGUGAGCAGUGGAGAAGCACAGGUAGAGCUGUUAAAAGACUAAAAAAAAAGAGAACUGCACGCAUAUUUGUUAGGUAUCGAACUUUUUUGUUUCUCCUUUACAGUAUCAUAAAUUCACUCAGAAAUAAAUUAUUAUUAAGAUAUUAUUUAAACAGUUAUAGUAAAUAAAUGGUUUAAAUAGAA